AUGGCAUCCUCUCCUAAGCUCGACUUCGUCACCGUCGACGUCUUCACAGACAAGCCAUACGAAGGCAACCCACUAGCCAUCAUCCGCAUCCCCAACGGCGUCAGCGUAACACAAGAGCAGAAGCAGAGAAUCGCACGCGAAUUCAACCUCUCGGAAUCAACAUUUCUCCACGAGAAUGCGCCUGGCGCAAAGGAAAAUAAAUGGACCGUAGACAUCUUCAUGACAUCGAAGGAGCUACCUUUCGCCGGCCACCCCACAAUCGGCACAGCAUGCUACGUUCUCUCAAGAACCGCUGAGGAGCGCGGCAUCAAGGACGGAGUCAUCGAGGCAGGAUUCCAGUUGAAGGCGGGCCAUGUUGGGCUUCGGUAUGAUGUAGCGAAAAAGACGGCCAAAGCAGCUAUCCCCCACGAUGUACAUGUGCAUAAGAAGAGGUGGAGCACAGAUGAGCUGUUCAAGUUACAACCCGGCCUUGCCGUGGCGCACGAGAAGGGUGAGGUCAAGACGCAAGAAGACUAUCCCAUUGUGUCUAUUGUCAAGGGCAUGACCUUCAUUCUCAUUGAGCUCGAGAGCGUUGAGGCACUUGCGAAAGUGUCAUUGGCGGGACAGAGUGUCAAAGUCCAUGGUUUGGAUCAGGGUUGGGAUGACACUUUCAUUGGAAUGUACUUCUAUGUGCGAACGGGCAAGAGCGAGAGCGGAGCGAUGCAAUUGAGGACAAGGAUGAUUGAAGGGCCGCUCGAGGACCCUGCUACAGGAUCAGCAGCGAGCGAUCUGGUGUCUUAUUUGUCGCUAAAUGAGAGCAAGGCUGGGGAGACGCUGAAGUACGAGUUGGUGCAGGGUGUUGAGAUGGGACGCAGAAGCGAAAUCUUCAUUCAUGUCGUAAUGGCAAAGGACGGCGGUAUCGAGACUGUUUAUCUUGAGGGUGGGGCGGUUCACGUGAUGGAGGGGCGGGUGACGGUCUGA